AUGACGAGCACGUUGACAAGAGUAUUUGUGUGUCUUCUGGGAGUUGGAAUUUCUUACUACGCAUUUGAUGUCGACCAGAAAAUUGCAGAAAAUCCAGAGCACGAGGCUACCUGUGAUUUUCCCUCGCCUUCUGCUUCUUUUAAAAUAUCCUGCUCCACUGCUUUCAACUCCGAAUACGGAAAAGGCUUCGGCUUCAUUUGCCCGAUUCUGGGAGAAGAUUCGCCCCUUUGUCAGAAAAAUAGCCUAUACGGAAUCGUCAGCUACUCCCUUAUGAUUCCACUUGUGCUCAUGCAAAAUGUCUUUGCUGCAGAAGUUUUGCUCAUUAUUUCUUUAGCUUCGAUUGUGAUCAGCCUCUUCUUGGCCUACGUACUUGUGCUGUUGAAAACAGUCUGUCUUGUCUGCAUCGGAACUUAUGUGAUCAACAUCCUUUUACUCAAGCAAAACUGGCAAGCGAGAAAAGAAAUCAUGGCAAUGAGAUAUGCUGAUGUUGAAAUCGAACAAAUAAAGAAGAACAACUAG